AUGAGACUCACCCUUGACUUGUACCAGUUAGACAUUUUGCAGAGAGUUUUCUCCUUCGUUGAAGUCAAGGAGAUCACUCAAUUACUCAAUGAGCACUUUUUGCUGCACAAUCCAAGUAUAAAAAUUGCCAUUCACCGCAGACUUGAAAGAGGAUUUGGCUACUUCCAUAAAACUUCCAGGAAUUACGGAGACGAAAACAACUACCCAGACCUGAGAUCUCAAGACCGCAAUGCAUUGAAUCGAGAGCAAUAUGAAAUGGUUGAUGCUUACUGCGUUAAUAAACAGAUCCAUACAACAUCCAAGAUCUCUUAUGGACUUUGUCAUAUGGUUGACCUUCUAGACUUAGUUGAGUUGAUUAAGGCCUUACAGCUGAGCAAUACUGCAUCAUUGAUGUUUGAAUUGGACUUUAGCUACAAGUUCACAAUUGACAUGAACAAGUUUAUGAAGCUGUUUGAUCACAUUAGUGAUCGAGUAGUGGAAUUGUCAAUGGGAUUGAAGAGGCUCCACAUCUUGGAAGGAGAUAUCUGUUUCAGAAACCUUGAAGUGUUCUCCAGUCACAUGUGCGGCGUUUCUGGUUCCUUUAAAUGCCCCAAGUUGAAAGAACUUGUAUUUAAUGCAUUGGGAGGUGUUGAAGUUGGAAAACUCCCCCCAGUAAAGCGACUAGAGUUUGCAUGUACCAAAUGGCUACGUAAAGAGGAGAUGGUCAGCUCAUGGGAUGGGCCAGAGGGGUUACGCAUCAUCCGGUUACAAGGAGGGUUCGUUAACUGCAUUGAUAGAACUUUUAUGAAAGAAAUUCUCGAAUAUGCAUGCCCCAACACCAUGAUUGAUUGCAUUGGUAAGCUAUAUGGAGAUGUCAUUGCGUUGUUGUUUAGCGCUUUACAAGAAAAGCGUUGUAUUUUAAGGUCGCUUUCUGUUGAUUACCUUAUUCACCAGUUUUAUCCUCCUUGUUAUUCAUUACAUCUUUCUGGCGUGCAAGAUAUGUUGGUGCUCCAGAACAUGCCGGCAACUUUGAAGGUGCUUGAAAUAUCAAAUCUUCAUGUUUACGGGAUUAGUGCUAAGUAUUUAUUGAACUUGAUGCCAGAAGGUUUAGAAAGUUUGACUUUAUUGGAAAACUAUUCGAUAGAAUGGGAGGAAAUUUUGGACCUUUUGAGAUUUCGCAUGUUGAGAAAGGUAGCAUUGCUGCUGGCUGUGCAUUCGAUAAAAACAGCUUUCUUUCCUGAUUUGCUAAAGGAGUUGAGCUUUUGCAAUUGUGGCUGGCAAACCAAUCAGUUCACUUUUCCUAAGAAUCUAAUUUGUAUGCGAUUAGGAGGUAUUGGAGGUCUACAUGGAGCAAUGACUGAUUUCGACAUGUCACAAUUUCCGUCAACUUUGAAACAAGUUGAACUACGGGACAAUAAAAUUGUCACCAUUGACCUUUCCAACGUGAAGAAGCUUCAGAAUUUGUCGUUGUGUAGAACGGAAUUUGAAGGUUUAAAGUUGCCACAAGUUGAUUCAUUGAGCGUUGAGCAUUGUCAGAAGAUACCUGAGUCUUACUGUGGCGGGGUUGAGCAGUAUUUGUGCUUUAGGCAAUGCAAUCUUGAGAAUAUGACUUUGAAGCUUGGGUGCGGCUUAAAGUACUUGGUCUUGUCCCGUUGCAACAUAUCCAAGUUUGGAGUUGACCUACCAGGUUGUUUGGAAGAGGUUGAUUUGUCUCAUAACAACUUGACUGAGUUUCCCGCACAGCUUUCCAGCUUGAAGAGGUUGCGCUUGUUGAAUAUUGCAGAUAACAGAAUUCAGAAUGGGCAUAUUGAUUUUCAGACUUGCUCAAUCGAAGCGUUGGAUAUUUCCUGUAAUUUGAUUGAGGAGAUCAAGUUGACUUUUCCAGGUCCAACUAAACUCAUGUAUCUUGCAUUGCAUGACAAUAAGAUGAAAGAGAUUUCAAAUGAGUCAAUCGGCAGUCAUCCCAGGUUGUUUAAAGUUGAGUUGGAUGAAAACGGAUGCAACGUUAUUAACAAUGUGAAGUUGCCAAAUGCAGCUGACCAAGAUUAUUUUGAGGAGUGGGAGAUCAGUGGUGCAAUAAAGAGGGAGUAG